AUGGACGAGUUUAUCUCGGCUAACCCGUGUAGCUUUGACCACGCCGCGCUGUUUGAGAUGGUUCAGCGGCUGACCCUGGACCACAGGCUCAACGACACCUUCUGCUGCCUGGGGUGGUUCAGCCCAGGCCAGGUGUUUGUGCUGGACGAGUACUGCGCCAGGAACGGGGUCAGGGGGUGUCACAGACACCUGUGCUACCUCCGCGACCUGCUCAACCGGGCCGACAACGGGGCCAUGAUCGACCCCACCCUGCUCCACUACAGCUUCGCCUUCUGCGCUUCCCACUCUCAUGUUGUCCAUCCCAUUCACCCCCACCAUGCAUCCCUUAAAGUCAGAGAGGUCAGCAAUAACUGGGGGCCCCUGGUGGUAGGGUGUGAGGGCCCACAGUCCCCAAAACAGAGCUCUCAGGGCCCUGAGCCGGGGACCACCACCUCCUGUGCAAAGGCAAGCAAAUUCAAGUUUAGAUUGAGGAGGGACUCCAAAGUCCCACCCCUCCAAGGCCCCAAAAGGCCGGAUGGGUUGAGCACGGUGAAGGUGGACGAGAAGGAGCGCUUUGAGGAGAUCAAGGAGCGAUUGCGCGUCAUACUGGAGAACCAGAUCGUACAGUUCAGAUACUGUUUUCCUUUUGGCCGUCCUGAGGGUGCAUUGAAGGCCACUCUGUCUUUGCUUGAGAGGGUCCUGAUGAAGGACAUCGUGACGCCAGUGCCACAAGAGGAGGUGAAGGGAGUCAUCCGCAAAUGCUUGGAGCAGGCGGCUCAGAUCAACUACCAGCGCAUCACAGAAUAUGCGAUCAUUGAAGUUGAGAAAGGUCAAAAGGAUCCCAAGGAUCCAGAGAACGCGGGUCGCUUGGUGACCCCGGCCAAGAAGCUGGAAGAGACCAUCCGGCUGGCGGAGCUGGUGAUAGAGGUCCUUCAGCAGAACCAGGAGCACCAUGCAGAGGCUGCAGUCACAAGUUCUGGAGAUCAAUCGGCCUUCGCCUGGUGGACGGACCUCAUGGUGGAGCACGCCGAGAACUUCCUGGCCCUCUACGCCGUGGACAUGGACGCGGCUCUGGAGAUCCAGUCCCCCGAGAGCUGGGACAGCUUCCCUCUCUUUCAGCUGCUCAACGACUUCCUGCGGACAGACUAUCAUCUGUGCAAUGGAAAGUUCCACAAGCACCUUCAGGAUCUGUACGCCCCCCUGGUGGUUAGAUAUGUGGAUCUGAUGGAGUCCUCCAUCGCACAGUCAAUUCACAGGGGCUUUGAGCGCGAGUCAUGGGAGCCUGUGAAGAGUUUAACAAGUAAUCUACCCAAUGUCAACCUACCAAAUGUCAACCUCCAAAUUCCCAAAGUACCAAAUCUGCCCGUGCCAGUAGCAGGACUAUCAGUUAACCUUCCGCAAAUGCCUAGCUUUUCUACCCCGUCAUGGAUGGCAGCUAUAUAUGACUCUGAUAACGGCUCCGGCACGUCCGAGGACCUGUUCUGGAAGCUGGACGCGCUGCAGACCUUCAUCAGGGACCUGCACUGGCCCGAGGACGAGUUUGCCAAACACCUGGAGAGCCGCAUCCAGCUCAUGUCCAGCGACAUGAUCGAGAACUGCGUCAAACGCACUCGGAUGGCGUUUGAAUCCAAGCUAACAAAGAGCAGCAGGUCCACAGACUUCCGCAUCUCUCCAUCAAUAUGCACCAUGUUCAACGUGAUGGUGGACGCCAAGGACCAGUCGGCCAAGCUGUGUGCUAUGGAGAUGGGCCAGGAGAAACAGUACCACACCCAAAUAGAUGAACUGAUUGAGGAGAGUGUGAAGGACAUGAUCACGCUUCUGGUGGCAAAGUUUGUAGUGAUUCUGGAGAGCGUGCUGGCUAAGAUCUCCAGAUACGACGAAGGCACUCUCUUCUCAUCCUUCCUGUCGUUCACGGUGAAAGCUGCUUCCAAGUAUGUGGACGUACCUAAACCGGGGAUGGAUGUGGCGGACGGCUACGUGACCUUUGUGCGCCACUCUCAGGACAUACUGCGUGAUAAGGUCAAUGAGGAGGUGUAUAUAGAAAGGUUAUUUGAUCAAUGGUUCACGGCCACAAUGAACCUGCUGGGCACCUGGCUCACCGAGCGCAUGGAACAACAGCUCCACGUCUACCAGCUUAAGAUCCUCAUCCGGAUCGCUAAGAAAAAGUACAGAGACUUCCGCCUGCAGGGGGUGCUAGACUCCACCCUGAACAGCAAGAUGUACGACACGGUGCGCAACAGACUGACCCUGGAAGAGGCAACGGCCUCUGUGCGGGAGGGAGGCAUGCAGGGCAUCUCCAUGAGGGACAGCGACGAGGAGGAUGAAGACGACGACUAG